GCCCGCCCGCCGGCCUCCCGCCGCCGCCGGCGCGGACAUGGCCGCCAACAUGUACAGGGUCGGAGACUAUGUCUACUUCGAGAACUCCUCUAGCAACCCGUACCUGAUCCGAAGGAUUGAGGAGCUCAACAAGACGGCCAAUGGGAACGUGGAGGCCAAGGUGGUGUGCUUCUACAGACGAAGGGACAUCUCGAGCACGCUCAUCGCCCUGGCCGACAAGCAUGCCACUUUGUCAGUCUGCUAUAAAGCCGGACCAGGGUCGGAGAACGAGGAGGAAGGGGAGAUGGAGGAGGAGAUGGAGAACCCGGAGAUGGUGGAUCUGCCUGAGAAGCUCAAGCACCAGCUGCGGCACCGUGAGCUGUUCCUGUCGAGGCAGCUGGAGUCCCUGCCUGCCACGCAUAUCAGGGGCAAGUGCAGCGUCACGCUGCUCAACGAGACCGAGUCACUCAAGUCCUACCUGGAACGGGAGGAUUUCUUCUUCUAUUCUCUAGUCUAUGACCCCCAGCAGAAGACCCUGCUGGCUGACAAGGGGGAGAUCCGCGUGGGGAACCGGUACCAGGCUGACAUCACUGACCUGCUGAAGGAAGGUGAGGAGGAUGGGCGUGACCAGUCCAAGCUGGAGACGAAGGUCUGGGAGGCGCACAACCCCCUCAUCGACAAACAAAUCGACCAGUUCCUGGUGGUGGCCCGCUCUGUGGGCACCUUUGCGCGUGCGUUGGACUGUAGCAGCUCUGUCCGCCAGCCCAGUCUGCACAUGAGUGCUGCAGCCGCUUCCCGGGACAUCACCCUGUUCCACGCCAUGGACACGCUUCACAAGAACAUCUAUGACAUCUCUAAGGCCAUCUCGGCCCUGGUGCCGCAGGGAGGGCCAGUGCUGUGCCGGGAUGAGAUGGAGGAGUGGUCUGCCUCGGAGGCCAACCUCUUUGAGGAGGCCCUGGAGAAGUAUGGGAAGGACUUCACAGACAUCCAGCAGGACUUUCUCCCGUGGAAGUCCCUCACCAGCAUCAUCGAGUACUACUACAUGUGGAAGACAACCGACAGAUACGUCCAGCAGAAACGCUUGAAAGCGGCUGAAGCUGAGAGCAAGUUAAAGCAAGUUUAUAUACCCAACUAUAACAAGCCAAACCCAAACCAGAUCAACGUCAACAGCGUCAAGGCGGGUGUGGUGAACGGCACGGGGGCGCCAGGCCAGAGCCCCGGUGCUGGCCGGGCCUGCGAGAGCUGUUACACCACACAGUCUUACCAGUGGUAUUCUUGGGGUCCCCCUAACAUGCAGUGUCGUCUCUGUGCCUCUUGUUGGACAUAUUGGAAGAAAUAUGGUGGCUUGAAAAUGCCAACCCGCUUAGAUGGCGAGAGGCCGGGACCCAACCGCAGUAACAUGAGUCCGCACGGCAUCCCGGCCCGGAGCAGCGGGAGCCCCAAGUUUGCCAUGAAGACAAGGCAGGCCUUCUACCUGCACACCACCAAGCUGACGCGCAUUGCCCGGCGGCUGUGCCGUGAGAUCCUGCGCCCCUGCCAUGCUGCCCGGCACCCCUACAUGCCCAUCAACAGCGCCGCCAUCAAGGCCGAGUGCACGGCCCGGCUGCCCGAGGCCUCUCAGAGCCCGCUGGUGCUGAAGCAGGUGGUACGGAAGCCCCUGGAAGCCGUGCUCCGGUACCUCGAGGCCCACCCUCGCCCUCCGAAGCCCGAGCCCAUGAGGGGCAUGGCUGGUGCGCCCGGCAGCCUGACCCCCGCCAAGGCAGCCCCCGUCAUCAACAACGGCUCCCCUACCAUCCUGGGCAAACGGAGCUAUGAACAGCACAACGGGACAGACGGCAACAUGAAGAAGCGCCUCCUGAUGCCCAGUAGGGGAGCCUUCCUAGGUAAGUGUCUGCCGUGGGUUCUGGGCCUUGGGUCUCUGCCAGACACCUCGACUCAUGGCCUGGGGGCUGCCAUGUGCCACAGCCUCCCCUCCGCUCAAGCAGUGGGGCUCCUGGAGCAGGGAGGAAAGAGGCUGGGCCUGGCUGUGCUCUGGCAGAGGGCGUUUUGGCCUGCGGGUGGGGCCUGGGCUGCCUGUUUCUGCUCCUCGAACCAAACCUUGGCUGAGAAGUGUGUGUUUGGGACAUGGUAUCCUGUGAGGCCGACAUGGUGGGCGGGCAGGCAGGUGGGCGGGCAUGUGGCGGGCAGGUGGGCUGGCAGGCAGGUGGCCAGGUGGGCAGCCAUGUGGCAGGCGGGCAGGUGGGCAGGCAUGUGGCACUGGAGUCGGAGGCUUUGUUCUGCUGGCACCCCUGUGCCCCCCAGCUCCAGCCGGGUCCACACCCCAUGUGAACUUCCACACACACAGGCUCAUGUGCACAUGCACUUACGUUCACACUCACGUACAUGCAUGCCCACACACGUACAUAGAUGUACAUGCGCCCACAUGCAUGUUCUCACCUACUUGCACCUAUGCGUUCACAUGCACACUCGCCCAUAUGCACUCACGUUCACUCACAUUCACUUGUUCACGCUCACACGUGCACAUCACACACCUCCACACACAGGCAGAGCAAAGAGGCAGCAGUGGCCCUGCUGGGGUGGCCAGGGCUCAGGUGGUAGGCCUAGAGGCGGAUGCUCGUCCCCAUGUGUUAGGUGGUGGCUGCCUGGUCUAGCCAGUGGCUUCCAGACCACCUGACUCCACGGGGUGGAGGAACCUGUGCCAUGGCCAGAGUUGGCUGGCCACCCUACCUGCCCAGCUCCUAGGAGCUUCCUCCCGGGGUGGCCUGACCCAAAGCAGCCCUGAGACCCUGUGGGGAGCUACACCUGGAGUCUGGAGUGGCUUUCUGCCUGCCCCACGCGCUGCUGCUGUACUGACAGCAGUGCUGGGCGUCGUCUGAUUACUGUGUAAACAGCUCGUUUGUCUUGGCCCAGUCAAGUGGGUAGGGGUGGCGCAGCCCUGGUGAGUGAGCUGUCAGCCGGCCAAGGCCCUGCCUCCUUGGAGCCCAAGCACAGGUAUCCCUAUUGCCCAGCCCAGUGCAGGCUCAGAGCCCCGAGAGCUGGUAGGGCAGGCCUGCACAGGAUGCCGUGGCUUUGGACAAAGGACAGCUCAGGCCCAAGGGUGUUCCCCGCCACGCUGGAGCACCGCCUUGCAGCCUGAUCCCUCCUGUGCAGGCUGUGGCUGUCAGCAGGUCGCUGCUCCCGGGGUCUUAUGGUCCUGUCCUCUCUUCUCC